UCCAAGUCUACGGGCUUUGAAUGCCACCCACCUUCCCUCCAAGCUUCUGAACUUCUUUCUUGUAUUUUUGACGACACCCACAUUGCAUCUCCCCCUCUCGUAACCUUGCAAAUGGCCUGCAUUGUUAAUGCCGUUCCUGGCCGAGACAGGCGAAUCACACGCCGCAACGGCCAUGUGUCCAGCAAACGGCUUACCCCUGUCUAUGGCGGGGGGGAACCUGACGAAGAGAAGAAGGCGUCUCGGCAUGCUUCUUCUCUGCUGUUGGUUCUUUGAACGUAUUGGAUCAACAACAUUGAACACUGCUUUGAGAGGAGAUAUGUGUGUUUAUUUGCCGUCGAGUAUAGGGGUGUUCAUGGGUUGUUUGGCUCUUUUGCUCCUUUGACUUCUACUGUUAGGACGAUGGCGACGGGAUACGACGCUGUUAUGAGGAGGGCCUUGGCUGGACCUGCUGCGCCGACUCUAUUCGUCCGAAGUUCUACAACUUUCUUGGGGAGGCGCUUUUGACAAGUGUGAUUGAUUGAUGCUCCAUGUGAACGAGACUUCUCCAGAUGGGAGGCCCCUCUUCCUUUCUGGAGGCGAUUUCCUCUCAGCUCAUAGUCAUAGAGAUUUACGAGCAAUGUUCAAAAUGGGGCAGGUAGGUCAGGUAAGGGUCGCGUGCUGUCACCUCGUCGCUGUUUUUGAAUGACUAUAUCUCGUUCGACUCACCCACACCUUGUUUCGACCAAGGGCGAGCUUUCUCCCUCUCCAAAGGGUUGUAUCGCUGGUCUCUGUUUGACCCUGCAGGUAGUCAGUCGCCGUUUCUGUCUCUUGCGGGUCUUCCCUCAGCUGCUCUUCUUUCGGGGUUCCAUCGCAACGUCCUCGUGAACUUUUUCGACACCUUUCUAUCAGGAUGCUUCAUAUCUGAUCGACCUUGACCCCCCCCCCC